AUGGCGAGCAUGGAGCCAUCCGAGAGGCUGGCCCUCAUUCAAGAAAAUCUCGCUGAGGUCUUGAACUUCGAAGUGGUCGAGAAGAUCAUCGCUGAAGGGAACAACCCGAAAAUAUAUUGGGGUACCGCGACGACUGGCCGGCCCCACUGUGCCUAUUUCGUCCCAGCCGUCAAGAUGGCCCAGCUGCUGGCUGCUGGUUGCGAAUUAACAGUUCUCCUGGCCAAUAUCCACUCGUUCCUUGACAACCUGAAAGCCCCGAUUGAGCUGGUGGAGAGGCGAGUUGAAUUCUACCGGUACACCAUCACGGCCAUUCUUCGAGCAGUGGGCGUGUCUACAGAGAAGCUCAAGUUUGUGUUGGGAAGCUCCUAUCAGAGAAGUCCUCAGUAUAUCUUAGAUAUGUACAGGCUCAGCUCCCUGAUAUCCGAACAUGAUGCGAAGCGCGCAGGUGCUGAAAUCGUCAAACAAACCAACAAUGCUCCCUUAAGUGGCCUACUUUACCCCGUUCUUCAGGUACUGGACGAACAAUACUUAGAUGUUGACGUUCAGUUCGGAGGUCUGGACCAACGUAAGCUGUUCAUUGCGGCAAAGGAGUGGCUGCCGAAACUUGGUUAUAAACAGGUCUUCCUAUCGCAACCCGUCUAA